CGGGAACUUUCAUGAAAUACGUCUUUUGUUUAGUGUUUUCCUGUUGGAGGCUUGACUUAAUGUGAUUCGCUUCCGGUAUCGUACCAAAAGAAGUGACCCAGACUAAAAACAUGCUGUCAAGUAGCCGGUCUUUGAUGAAACGUUUCAAGCCAAGUGGACAUCAACAGCAUCGAAGUCUUCUUUUAAACACCAAAAGCGCUUGCCCGCUACUUUACGUACUUUAAGUUAACGGUAUGUAUUGAUAUUUGUCAUUCUCUUUACAGAUCCUAAUUGAAAAACUAUGCAUGUUUCAUUCAUUGUCCAACUACUAUUCCUGCUCUCCUGGAGCAAUCCAACGAGAGGCCAAUGCGGAAAUGAAGACUGGACCAGCACAUUUGCAAUCGCUGGUGAUUCUACUUCUCAAUGCUCCAAUAAUGUCUACUAUGUAAAUGGCCUGAGAAGCGAGGGGUAUGGUGCCCAGUUAGAAACAGGACCAGGUGUGAUUAAGGCAGCUAGAUGUUGCUCUGUAGACCAGCCAUACUCUCAGGAGAGCAACAGUUGUUAUCAGGCUCAGUGGUGGACUGACUUGCAACGCCAUGAUUCGUGGGCAUUGUGCGAGAAUCCAGGAUAUCUUCUGCGCGGGUUUUUCACCGUUGGUAGAAAUUUCUUGGCGGACAUCGGCGAGGGUGUUUGCUGUAAACCUGUGAGCCACCCAGACCAAGAUGGACCAUGCAGAGACAUCAAUGUGAAUUUCAUAGCAGAUGGGAUGAGGCAGUGUCCAAUUGGCAUGUUCCUGAAGGGAUUGUACAAAACAACGUGUUCCACGAUAGACUGUCUGACGCAGAUCAGAUGCUGCGAAUUGAUUCCAGGCAGCGUGGAUGGUGGCUGGUCAGACUGGGGAGCCUGGAACCCCUGUUCUGUGACUUGUGGGGGCGGUACUCAGAUCAGAUUCCGCACGUGUACAAACCCACCACCAUCAAAUGGAGGAAACAACUGUGCUGGAGAUCCGUUGGAACUACAGAUAUGCAACCAGACCCCAUGCUAGUAACAACGGAUGUGCCUAAAGAUUCCUCGAGAGACAAGUCAAUCAUGACGAAAACAAAACAACACUUCAAAUUGAGAUAUUAUCACUGUUUGAACAAUUUUCACACAACCAAAAAAUUAAAAUAAAGCUUGUGGAUCUCGUACUGAAUAGAAUUUUCUUGUUAAGAUAGAAAGUUUAUCAUUGAUCACUGUCUGGGAGACUCAAGCUGUAAGAGGUUUGAAUAUCACUUUCACUUUCUCUGCGACAUGGUUUCACAUGACGACCUUUCUGGUCAAUUUUGUUCCGAGAAAAGUAGGAAAGUCUUUAUUUAACAGCCCUUUCCCUGUAUCCAUUUUAUCUGAAAAUCAACAUCAUAAUAGAGUACAAUCUACAUUAUUAGUGAAAUAAAACUUUACAGAAUUGCACCAGCCAACU